AAAUAUUGGCAUUUUAUUAUUAUAAAUUCACAGAUCAUUUUUUGAAGGACUGUAAAUUAGAAUACAGGUGUUAUAGUUUAAUUGUUGCCGACACUGGUACCAAUGAACCCACCCCCCGACCCCAACCAUCCAAAUAAUCAAUGGCCCCAACCACGGAACAUGUCACCCAUGGGUACCCCCCCAAUUUCACCCCAGUAUCCAUACCCACCCAUGUGGUACGGGUAUUCCCCUCAUCCCCCAUAUUACCCCUACCCCCCACCAGGAGGGCAGUAUGGGUCACCUUACCCCCCUCAAAACCCAUAUGGACCCCCGCUACCCACUUACCCCCCAAUGCCGCCACCCCCACCCCAAAAUAGGGGUCCUCGUUACCCCGAAAACAUUGAUAGGGGGCGCCCCCCAAUGAGAGACAAAAGAAGUGACAAUAGACCUCGUUCCCAUGACGACAGAAGAGGAACUCCCGAAUAUGUUUCAAGGUAUUCUGAUCGUCGUGGAAACCACAACAAUGAGCGACGCUCGUCAUCGAGCACGAGGUCAUCUCAAUCAAAACAUAGACAUCGGUCAAGAGAACGCAGUGGCUCAAGAAGAGAACCAAACCGCAGAGAUUAUCAAAGAAAUGAACACCCAGACCUGAAAAAAAGAAAAAGUACUUAUUUAAGCGAGACUGAUGACAUCACAGAGGGUCAUUGUGACAUGGAGGAAGAAAUCAAGAAUUUAAAAUCAAGUUACGUUCAAAGCACGCAGCAUGGGAACCUUUAUAAAAAAAUAAUUGACCCGACAUCUACAGUGGAAGGAAUGGAAAGUUUGGUCAACAUUUAUGAAAGGUUUGAAAAGCAAUUAGCCAAUCGCCAUAGAGAUUUAUGGGAAAGAAGACCCGAACCAGAUCAAUCUACCAAAGCAACGUUAGAUGAAGAAUUAAACUUGAAUCAAAGCACCCAAAUAACAAUAGAAAAAGUAAAGAAGUGGAAAAGUGACAUUACACUGACACGCCAUCAGCAAGUUAAAUCGUCGACGAUCGUGAAGAAACUUUUGGAAUCUUCAAAGAACUUGAAUCUCACUUUAGGGGAAUAUAUUGACCAAACAGAACCAAGUAUUCCAAAUUUUGCGCUUGGGAAACUUAAGAGGGCGAUAGAGAGUGGAGUGGACCUCGACACAGAGCAUGAGGGUAAUGAAGUUGACCACGCGGGGGAGCUAAUGAGCUCCAUCAGGAAAUUGAAAGCCCACAAAGACAGGUUGCACGAAGAAUUAUGGUACAACGAACCAGGUCAAGCUAACGAUGGACCUCUAUGUCGAUGUAGCUCAGGAUCAAGAGACAAAGGGAUUCGUCACAAUAUCUAUCCUGGGGAAGUCCCUACUGCACCUUAUGAUCCUAUGAAGAAUAAUAUUGGCAAAAUGCAUCAUUAUCGCAUCACAGUGGGUCCUGCUGUCAACUAUAUGAUCUCACAACCGACCACAAUUGAAUACAGCGGCCAUGAUUAUAUGUUUGAAGGAUUUUCUAUUUUCUCUGAUGAACCACUUGAUAAAAUUCCAUUAUGUGACAUAAUCAGGUUCCACAUCCGAUACACAAUCUACCUCAUCGAGGAAACUCCUCCCGAGAGUUUCUGUAUCAGAGGAUUGGAUUUAUUUGAUGAAUAUUUGUUCAGAGAGGUCCUUGAAUUAUAUGACUGGCAAGGUGAUACCCCUCCUUCCGAAGCUCUCGCUAAAAACAAAAGAAAAUUCAGAUUUUUUCCUCGGUUCGUCCGUUCUUUGCCAGACAACGGGAAAGAAAUAUUAUCUUUAUGUAAAGUACUGGAAUAUUUGUUGGAUAGCGACAAACCCCUCGUGGAUGAGAAGGACCUUGAUUGGUUGAUGAAGUGUUCACAUGACGAGUGGCUGGACCAUACAGACGCGAUCAGGGGUUCAAUCGUCACCCACCCCGGUAAACGCCCGAGCUCCUUAAGAGUCGACCAACUCGAUCGUUACGACCGAAAACCCGUUGAAUCAACUACACAACACUGCCCACAAGUGGACGAACGUUACCCGAUGAUCAUCCACUUUGGAAUCCGACCCGCUAACCUCAGUUACGCUGGUGAUCCAACCUACCAAAGAAUUUGGCGAGCUUAUUUGAAACAGCGACAUCUAAUGGCCAACUCACCGAAAGUAAAACAAAGCGACAAAAAGAAAUUGAGGGAACGAGAGAAUGCACUGCAGAAGAUAAAAAGGGCAAAAGAUAUGCAGAGAGAGGUCACGGUUGAGUUAAGCAGCCAUGGUUUUCGACGAACUGGUUUGCGAUCCGAUGUUUGCCAACAUGCUAUGUUGCUUCCAGUGCUGAGUCAUCAUUUAAGGUAUCAUCUUUGUUUGAGAACUCUAGAAAAAAAGAUCGGGUACGAGUUUAAAGAAAGGAAGUGGCUAAGUCACGCCAUGAAUCAUCCAAGUUGUCAAAUGAACUUUGGUUUGAACCCAGAUCAUGUUAGGAACACACUUUCCAACUGUGGAUUGAGAUUACCUAGAUAUGGGGACAGUUCAAUACAUUAUAAAUACACAAGAAAACGCGGAAUCACAACCUUAAUUCGAAUUAUGGCACGCCUUGGGCAACAGAGGCCGGUUUUAUCCCCAAUCGAACACAACGAACGUUUAGAGUUUCUUGGAGAUGCCGUUGUUGGAUAUUUCACGAGCGUUCAUCUUUUCCUUCUCUUCCCCGAUCUAUCAGAAGGAGCACUCACAACUUUUCGGACCGUGCUUGUGAACAAUCAACAUCUCGCGCUACUGGCAGAGAGGCUACAAUUAGAUGAGUUCAUGUUGUAUGCUCAUGGACCCGACCUUUGUAGAAAAGCUGAUCUACGCCAUGCUAUGGCUAAUUGUUUUGAAGCUCUUAUGGGUGCAAUAUACAUGGAAGCUGGGUUGGAACGAGCUCAAAGGUUGUUUGGGGAGUUUUUAUGGGAAACUGAAGCUUUGCAAAGAGUUUGGAGAAGUUUACCGUUACAUCAGCUUCAGGAAGAAGAGCCCGUUAGUGACCGACGCUGCAUCAAGGACGUCCCGAUCCUCCAGAAGUUAACGAAGUUUGAAGAUUCGAUCGGAGUGAAGUUUAAUCAUAUCAGGUUACUUGCGAAAGCUUUCACUUGGAGAAACGUACAUGAGAACAUACUCACACAUGGCCACAAUCAAAGAUUGGAGUUUCUUGGUGAUUCAGUUUGUAACCUCGUGGCAUCAGCUUAUUUGUUCAAACUUUACCCAACUCAUCAUGAAGGUCAUCUUACACUGUUGCGAGCGACUGUUGUUAACGGCCGAACACAAUCACUUGUAGCAACAGAGCUGGGAAUGCCGGAAUAUGUGAUUUGUACGCUGGAUAACGACAGUACAGAGAGAGUUCCUGAGUGGCGAGAAAAGAAUCUCGCCGACCUUUUAGAAGCGUUCGUUGCUGCGUUGUUUAUCGAUAAAGGGUUAAAAUACGUCAAAACAUUUAUGAAAAUUUGUUUCUUUCCAAGACUAAAGGAAUUCAUCUUAACCCAGGAAUGGAACGAUCCAAAAUCAUGUUUGCAACAAUGUUGUCUUACUUUACGACAAGAAGGAAAAGAACCUCAGUUGCCGACUUAUGAAAUAUCUCAUCAAACUGGUCCCUCGCACUCGAGGAAAUAUGUGGUGACCGUUCAUUUUAAAGGGGAGGAAAUAGGGAAGGGAACGGGGGAAAGCAUUCAGCGUGCAGAAAGAAAUGCAGCAAGAACGGCACUCAACCAAUACAACUUCCCACAAUUAGAAUGGCAGCGUCGAUAUGUAGCAGAGAAACAUGACCUCCCAUAUGAACCGAGGACAAAUCUCAAGAAAAUUGAUGGGAAAACUG